AUGGGACUAAAGAGAAGAAGCAGGCUUCAGUGGCGGCAAGCCGCCCUGAACAUGGAUCAACAUGCCAAAGCCACAACGGCCCGUCCCCAGCCAACAUCCUAUUUUUCAGUUCUUUUUUUUCUUUUUUUAAUUCUUCCAUUUAGCCCCCCGCCCUCCACCAAUUCCCUAUUAUUUUCGCGAAAUCUUAUCUCCCCUUUAGCGCCGUCUCCCACAUUUCAGCGCUCUUCCCACAGAAACCCUUAUCUUUCUUCUUAUUCUCUCUUAUUUUGUUUUCACUUAACUCUUUCCCAUUACCGACUCUCUCUGUUUUUAGCAAAUAUUCGUUCUUUUUUUUCUUUCUUUACUUUUAACAACUUCUCCCUCAAUAAUAUUUGUUAUAUCUUACUCUCUCACUCUCUCUUUAUUAUUUGUUCCUCUCUCUUUACUAUUAAUUUUACUCUCUCUCUCCCUCUCUAUCUCUGA